AUGUUCCGCGAUGACGCCCGCCCGGACUUGGUGUUGCAGGGCUCUCCGAUGAUCUCCACAGAUGUCCUUCGAGAAGACGUCUCUCUGGAAGUGGUUCGCCGGACUGUGACGGAAGCAGCUGCCAACAGCCUGCAGGAGGCUCGCAAGAGUGUUGGCGGGCUGAGUGCAGGUUACAUCAAAGAGAUCAUGAUUUUUAAAAACCCACCAAUCCCCUUGCUUCACGUGUUCUCGGCUAUCUUGAGCUUGAUGGGGCACAAAGAGCCUUCAUGGGAGUCUGUGGAAGUGGUUUUAUCCGGCCCAGAACUGCCAAAACUAAUCGCCCUCGAGCCCCAUGAAGUGAGCUGGGAGUGCCAGCUCGCUGUGCAGCAGAUGGUGGAGGAACACGCCGAGAGUUUCAAGCACGAGGAAAUCAGCCGAUGCUCUCUGGUGGGCGCGGCCUUUGCAGCCUUGGUGAGGGCUUUCCUGGCCUGUUGGGCAGGCGAUUCGGGGUAG